AAAGAGGCCAAAUUGGAUAAGGAAAAGCCUUUAUCGGAAACCCACACUACACACACAAACACGGUUGUUAAACCCUUAAAAUAAACCAUCAUCCAUCCAUCCAUUAAUGGCAUUUCUUCAAAUCCUUCAUUCUCCGACGAUCUCCUCCCGUUUCUUUCCCAUUAUUCAAGCAACUUCCAUUCACUCCGACCACCACGCUGUCUCAUCUCCACCGUCAUCAAAACCAGCUCGCCGUGGUCGUAAAAAAUCACCCCCCACCACCACAACCCCUCCAACCAAGAUUGACAAAAACCAUGAACAAGAAUCAGAAAGUUUUGAUUUUGAUGAUGAAAUUGACUUCAGUUACGAAGACCCACCAUUAAUAUGUUGUUUUGGAGCCGCCCAGAAAGAAUUUUUACCAACUGUUAGAGUUUCGGAUCAACAACGUCAUCCGGAUAUGUAUUCGGAAUGGAAGGAAUUGCAAUGGGACCCACCGGAAUUUGCUCGUGCUCCAGGUGGGCCACCUUCGAACGUGGCGAUUGCCCAUGUGAGACUUGGUGGCAGGGCAGCGUUUAUGGGGAAAGUUGGAGAUGAUGAGUUUGGUCAAGAAUUGGUUUUGAUGAUGAACAAAGAGAAUGUGCAGACUAGAGGCGUGAAGAUUGAUGGGAAUGUGAAAACCGGAUGUGCUUUUAUGAAGAUCGAGUUUGAUGACAAGGGAAAGAUGAAAGCCAAAAAGGUCAGAGAUGCAGCUGAGGAUUGUUUGUUGAGUUCUGAGUUGAAUCUUGCUGUGAUUAAGGAGGCAAGGAUCUUCCAUUUCAAUUCUGAAGUCCUUACAUCCGACUCAAUGCAAGCUACCUUACUUAAAGCAAUCUCAUGGUCGAAAAAGUUUGGCAGCCUUGUAUUCUUCGACAUGAAUCUUCCAUUACCCCUAUGGAAGUCCCGCCAUGAGACAAGAAAAAUAAUCAAAAAGGCAUGGGAACAAGCCGACAUCAUUGAAGUCAGCAAACAAGAACUCGAAUUCCUGCUAGAUGAGCACUACCAUGAAAGAAGAAGAACUUACGAGCCUCAAUACUUUGCAGAAUCUUAUGAUUUAACCAGAGAAAAAGGGAAAGAUUAUUAUCACUACACACGUGAAGAAAUCGCCCCAUUAUGGCAUGAUAAAUUGAAGUUCUUAUUUGUAACGGAUGGGACACUUCGGCUUCAUUAUUAUUCACCAUUGUUUGAUGGUGUUGUUGUGGGGACAGAGGAUGUGCUGAUUACACCUUUCACUUGUGAUAGAACGGGUUCUGGUGAUGCAGUCGUUGCGGGUAUUAUGAGAAAGUUGACUAGUCAUCCAGAGAUGUUUGAAAAUCAAGAUGUACUUGAAAGGCAGCUUCGGUUUGCUAUCGCUGCUGGGAUUAUAUCUCAGUGGACCAUUGGAGCGGUAAGAGGUUUUCCUACUGAAAGCGCUACUCAGAAUUUGAAAGAACAGGUUUAUGUACCUUCAAUGUGGUAGUUGUGUCCUGUAGAUGGGAUUAAAAGUUUUGUUAAGAUUAUAGCUUCUUAUUCUGAACCAACUGUAAAUGCCCGACUGACUAACAUGAAUGGGUUGGCUCAUUUAGACCUAGCUUAGUUUAGCCGGGUUAGAUUGGGAUUUGUCUAGGUUGUUGUGCGGUCAUUUGUUGUAUCUGGAGUGUUUCGAAAAUAGAAAUGGAACUUUGCUGUAAA